CGGAUCUGCUGCCCUUCCCCUUUGAAAACUUCUUUGGCCUCCCAUUGGCCAAAGCGGCAACGGCCACGCAGUGCGCCGCUCGUCGAGGCUGGACCCGGCGUCUGGCACCGCGUGUCUGUGCGUCGUCCGAGUGUGUGCAUUCCCUAUGAAGACGCUCUGUUUUGGAUUUCUCGCCAUGGACAAGAACAGUCCUCUCGAACAGGGCGGUGAGCGGACUCGCUGGGAGCACCACCACGUGACACUGGGGCGGGUGCCUGGCUACGGGUUUGGCAUUGCUGUCAGUGGUGGCCGUGACAACCCACACUUCACCAGUGGCGAGCCAUCGAUUGUCAUCUCAGAUGUGCUUCGAGCCGGACCUGCUGAAGGGAAGCUCCAGAUCAAUGAUCGGGUGGUCAGUGCCAAUGGGCUGUCACUGGAGAAUGUGGACUAUGCGACUGCUGUGCAAGUGCUGCGGGAGUGUGGCCGCACAGUGAAUCUGGUGAUCAAACGCCGUGUUAUCCUGGGCCAUGCAGAGGCGGUGCGUGUAACGCUGACUAGAGCCAAGAAGAAAGACGACUUUGGCAUUGUGCUCGGCUGCCGUAUCUUUGUGAAGGAAGUGUGCAGUCGGUCUCUGGCCGAGCGAGAUGGUACACUGCAGGAAGGUGACAUCGUACUCAAGAUCAACAGCACCAGCACGGAGGGCCUGAGCUUGAAGGAGGCACGCAAGCUACUCGAGGCCAGCAAAGAGCGGCUACAGUUGGUGCUUCAACGUGAAGAUGUGUGCAAGCCUAGCCACACUCGCCCCACAGAAGAGCGUGCAGCCAACCAGAAUCUGUACGUGCAGCAGCCCACUCGUGCAGAUGACAAGAACAACCUUUCCAGGUUUGGACGUAAUCGAGGGCCGCUGGUGGACUCCGGCCAACUGGAUCAGCCCGAGACUCCACCAAGACCUGUGCAGCCCCGCAUGUCUUCUGAGUACGGCCAUGAGGGGGGGGAGGAGGACCCGUUGGCAAGACGAAGUUCAACGGGGGCAGAGCCGCGGCUGGUGUGCUUCCACAAGGAGAGUGGCAGUAAUGUUGGCUUGCGGCUCACUGGUGGCAACCAGGCUGGUGUCUUUGUCACUGCUGUGCAGCCAGGCAGCCCUGCUUCCCUGCAGGGUCUACAACCGGGUGACCGCCUCCUCAAGGUGAAUGGUGUGGACGUGCGGUGGGCGACCCGUGAGGAAGCGGUCCAGCUCCUGGUGCAGCUACAGGGCCCCGUGCAGCUGUUUGUGCAGACAGCUCGGGAAGAGUAUGAGGAAGUAGUCAGCAGCCAGAAGGGCGACUCGUUCCACGUGCGAGCACACUUCAGCCAUGAGCCCACUAACAAGGGCGAGCUCGCAUUGCACCCUGGGGAAGUUUUCCGCGUGGUGGACACCCUGCACAAUGGCACCCUGGGCAGCUGGCUCGCCUAUCGCCUGAGCCGCAAUCAUCAGGAGAUUCAGCGGGGCCUCAUUCCCAAUUCAGCGCGUGCCGAGGAACUGGCCGCUCAACAGGCUAGACGCCGAGAUGCUGACACCAGCCGCACCUCUUUCUUCCGGCGCCGCCGGAGGGCUGCUCGUGCCAAGUGUGGUGACCCCUGGGAGGAUCCAGAAGGCUUGUCCAAAUUUCCAGCCUAUGAACGUGUGGCCCUGAAGCAUCCGGGAUUCAUCCGGCCUGUGGUGCUGUUUGGACCUAUGGCAGAUGUGGCUCGAGAGAGGCUUCUCAGGGACUAUCCGGACAAGUACGCCUGCCCACAGCCGGGGGGCCCUGUCGAGGAGCCCAAGGGAGCAGCUGUUCGGCUCAGUGCCAUCCGCGAAGUGGUCGAGCAGGGCAAGCACGCUCUUCUUGAUGUCAGCCCAGGAGCCGUGGAUCGACUCAACUAUGCCCAGUUCUACCCCAUCGUUGUGUUCCUGCGAGCCGAAAGCAAACAGGCCGUCAAAGAGUUGCGAUCACGGUUGCCCAUGCGACAGAGUGCGCGCAAGCUUUACGAGAGGGCCCUCAAGUUGGAGCGGCUGUGGGGACAUUUGUUCACUUCCACGGUAGCCUUGACAGGUGCUGACAUGUGGUACAAAAAGUUGCGCGAGACCCUGGACAAGCAGCAGCAGCUCAGCAUCUGGUGCUCGGAGAAUAAGCCUGAGGAGGCCAUCGGAGACGACUUCCUCUUCCCUGUCACGUCACGGCUGAGCUACGCUUCAUCACCCGAGAGUGACCUGGAGCUGGCGUCAGAGGGGGCUCGCCGCUUGGGUUUGGUGCGGGCCUCCAGUGACCCCAGUGUGGCCACCCAAGAGGAUGCUUUGGCACCGCCUCCACCCUACCUCCCUCCUCUGCGGCCACCACCUGCUGGACCACCGAGCAGCCCAUCUCGAGCACCAAGUGAAUGCAGGCCAUGUGGUGCACCAGAGGAGGACUAUGGGACCCGCAACACUUCCAUUAAGCUGCCAGAGAGCUACGAAGAGGACCUUGUGACGUUUCAAAAGUACGUAAUUGCAUUGCGAAAGGCAGUCCCCUUUCAGCUGGGCCAGAUCGGCAAUGCGGAUGAAACGCCGGUCUACCUGGAUAUGCCCUCAGCACUGAUGGUGCAUCAGAAAGGCUCCAGGCAAGUUAUCGUGCGAUCGACUGGGAACGAUAAAACGCGGGUAACUGUAAUGUUGUCCUGCACGGCAGACGAUAGCAAGCUGCCACCCUACGUGGUGUUCAAACGAAAGACGCUGCCGAAGGGGGAGAAGUUCCCAAAAAAUGUCGUCGUCCGCUGCCAGGACAAGGGGUGGAUGGACGAAUCGCUAGUCCUUGACUGGAUAAAGUCCGUGCGGUGUCGACGGCCCGGAGCACUGCUGGGGCUCCCUUCGAUGCUUGUGCUCGACGCGUUUCGGUGUCACCUGGCCGACUCCGCAAAGCGACUGCUGCGCGACUCCUGCUCUGAGCUCGUCGUCAUCUCUCCCGGGAUGACACCACAGCUGCAGCCGCUUGAUGUGUGCCUUAAUAAGCCAUUUAAGGACAAUGUCAAGCGCCUGUACGUGGAGCGGAUGAGGUCCGGAGAACCAAAAGUGACCCCUGCCAGACGGCUGAAACGGGCCUCGCCAGUUGAGACACGGCUACCCUACGGACGCCCUGAGACGGAUGUGUACGAAGAACCAGGCACUCGGCCACCACUUGCAAACGAUGGACGGCGUCCUUUGGGCUUGUACUCGGCUCCCAGCAUUGGUGGUGGUGGCAAGCUGGCCCGAGUGCUGCCAGAGCCACCGCAGGUGGACCGAGGUAGCAAGCCCCCUCGGUUCUCACGUUCUGCCCAGGAAAGGCUAUUUGGCUCCCCAGGCCGUGGAGGUGGAGAGCCGCCACCUGCUCUUCCUAGUGGUCCUGACUACAUCAACACAGCACACAAGGCAGCUUCUUUGGAACGACCCAAUGGGCGUACUCCUCUGGCUGGCUAUGAAGCUCCAGCUUAUGAUGCAUACGGACGACAGGUGGCAGCACAUGACCCGUACCGCUUCACUCGUAGCACAGCUCAACCUGCAACACUGAGGCUACCUGCAGCCCGUCCACCUCCCAGGACACCUGACCGGCCAAGCCAACUGCAGAGAGCUCCAUACCAGCCCAGGCUGUCUGAUGGGCGGCCCGUACCUCCACCAAAGCCUACCCGGCCACGGCCGUGGUCGGGGGCAUCGGAGGAGCCACCACCCUAUGGAGGCCCCUACCUCAACCUGCCACCACGUUCUGCACUCGACCUGUCUAACAGGGAGCACAGAGGUUCUGCUUUUGAGUUGUACCGAAAACCAGAGCCAACCCGACCACCCCCUCCCCAAGCUCCCUAGUGGCCCAAAACUAUGGCCAUGCAACCUGUGCCAUCUUGUGUGCAAGACCAGUGACAGUCAGAUAAGGUCAUCGAGUGGUGCCCAAAAAGCAGAAUUGUUUCCCAGGCCCAAUGCGUGUGUGAGAGUGGGAAAUGCUGCUUUAUGUGCUGACAUUCUGUUCUCUUCCAAUGAAAGCUGUUGUGAAAUACAUGCCUGAUGCUGAACUUACCUCUUUAGACUGAACUAUGCACUUCAACGGUAAAGGGACCAACUGCUGAACAGUCUUGGAACUAAAAUAGGCAAAAAAUAUAGUUACCGGUGAAAUUUGCAAUACCAAUGCUGUGUAUCUACUGCUAAAGGUGCCCCUCACCAGGUGUACUUGGGCUGUAUACAUGGCAAGUUUUAACAUCCCAUCUCGUGUCGUUUUCCAAGACAAAUUAGUCAAAUCAUCGAACCAAUUUAAUAUUUAAGGAGCUAGAAGAUAUUGAAAUGUGCUGUUACAUUUGCACUUGGAGGGGAGCAUCACUGUCAAUAGACCUUUUGCCUUGGAUAGCAUCUGCAACUCGUGUUCCUUUGCUGCAUCUUCCUGUGUACCAGAGGCUCUGGUUCAUGUUCAUGCAACAUGCCCCACCUCAUUUCAAGCGGUGCCAUUGUGCAGGAUGAUAAGCAAAGUCACAUGUCAUCCUCAAUGAAGCAGUGCGUAGGGCAUCCCUAUGUAAAUCUCAAAUAACUUCCUUGAGAAGAAAGGUGCACAGUUCUUUCUUGACACAAAAAUCACUGCGUGAUCUACACGCUUGUUCAUUUGCCACACUUGGUCUGUGGUCCUGUAAGCAUCUAAUUGUGCUUAGCACACUCAUAAGACAAUCAACUGAGUGAUUACAAUGAUCAACAUCUUGUACCGAAGACAGGAACUGGUGCUGACCAAGAUGAAUUUUAUUUUUUCUUAAGUAACUAGCAUUCUGACUUCCACACAGGAGCCUCACUCACAAUGUAUCAAUGGACUAUGUAUAUAUGUCUAAUAAAUCUAUAAAUCUCAGUUUUAAGCAGUGUCAAACGUG